AUGAGAGACAACUACACAUUUACCAUUCUUGGAGCUGGGGUCAUGGGGACCGCGGUGGCCAACGCCGUUCUCAAGGGCCACCCUGAACCUUUCCCCGGUGAAAUUAGAGCCUGCACCCAUGAUGAGACGUCGAUGGAAUUGGCUAAGACCAAGUUGAGCCACGAAAUUGUGCUGUACUGCUACGGCCCUGAAAACAAUGCCAAAGCCGUCAAGGGCGCUGACGUGAUCUUGCUCGCCUGCAAGCCUGACAUGUACGAAAAGAUUCACGAUGAAGUUAAGGACUCGUUGACCGGCGACCAGCUUGUCAUCUCGUUACUUGCCGGUGUCACCAUUGAAGAGUUGAUGAUUUUCUCCAAGAACAUUGCCAAGGUCAUGACCAACACCCCCGCUAGAUUCGGUUGCGGUACUGCUGGUAUCGCCUUCUCGCCUGAAGCCGAGAAGAACCACGAAGAAUUUGUGUUGAAGCUCAUCGACACCGUUGGCAUGGCUUUCAAGAUCCCUGAAAAGCAAAUGGACAUUGCUACCUCGCUCAUAGGCUCGGGUCCCGCUUUCUGCAUGUUGAUGAUGGAGGCCUUAAUCGAUGGGGGUGUGCGUAUGGGCAUGCCUUUCGAAACCGCCAGAAAGCUGGCUGCUAAGGUCAUGGAAGGUACCGCCAAGAUGGUACUCGAAACUGGUGAACACCCUGCCGUGUUGCGGUCGUUAGUGUGCACCCCUGGUGGCACUACUAUUGGUGGGCUUUUAAAGAUGGAGGAUGGCAACGUCAGAGCCGGCAUUGCUCGCGGCGUUGAAGAGGCUGCCAUUAUUUCCAAGUCUUUCUCUAAGAAGAAGUAA